CCUCCCCGCCGUUCCCCCCUCCCCGCUCUCCCCGCUCCGCCCGUUCCGCCUCUCACCGUUCCACUUCCCCUUCCCCCGCUCUUUUAUUAUUUUAUUUUAUUUCUAUUUUUUCCCCGCCAUGUCGGAAUCGCUGAGCUGGUGCGUGGAAUCGCUGCAAAGCGGCACCGAACCCGCGCUGUCGCGGGCGCUCUCGGCGCUGCGGAGCCGCCACACGCGGCGGGCGGGAGGCCCCGCUCGCUUCCGCCAUGGCGGGGGUCUCAAACCCCUCCUGGAGCUCGUGGAUCCGCGGAGGCCGCGGAGAAUCCUCGACCUCGCGUUGAGCGUCCUCGGGAAUUGCUGCACCGAGCGCGGCUGCCGCCGGGAAACGCGGAGAAUCGGGGGGAUCCCGCGCUUGGUGUCCCUCCUGUCCCUCCCGUCCAUCCCCGAGAGUGUCCAGAACCCCAGAGUGACCCCUGAGUGA